CGGACUCAAUAUAAGUCUUCAAAACACAACCGAGGUCAAAAAUCAUGCAAUACGCUUGCCCUUGAAUUAUCACAAGGCGUAUGAACAUUUUCAUCUGUGUUCUCCCAGGAUGCUAUAACCAUCCAUAUGUAUUGAGAAGAAUACAGGCAUAGCCAAUGUCUUUGUGAGAAAAUUGUUCAGCAGGACUGUUUGCAUCAGAUUAGUGGUACCGUUGCAGCACCAGCAGGGGUACGAUCAGCAGAUAUCCUCAUCAAAAUGAGCGGUCACGACGCCAGAUAUUUCUCCACCACCAAGAAGGGUGAAAUAUCUGAGUUCAAAGAUGAGCUCAAUUCUCAGUACAAGGAUAAGAAAAAAGAUGCGGUAAAGAAAGUCAUAGCUGCCAUGACUGUUGGUAAAGAUGUUUCAUCAUUAUUCACAGAUGUUGUGAACUGCAUGCAAACAGAGAAUUUGGAGUUGAAAAAGCUUGUUUAUCUAUAUCUUAUUAACUAUGCAAAGAGUCAGCCUGACCUUGCCAUACUUGCAGUGAACACAUUUGUCAAGGAUUCCCAAGAUCCUAAUCCCUUGAUUCGUGCCCUAGCUGUACGGACAAUGGGUUGUAUUAGAGUUGACAAAAUCACAGAAUAUUUAUGUGAUCCUCUUCAAAGGUGCCUCAAGGAUGAUGAUCCCUAUGUGCGAAAGACGGCAGCCAUAUGUGUUGCUAAGCUUUACGAUAUAAAUGCUGAACUGGUUGAAGAUAGAGGUUUCCUAGAGACUCUCAAGGAUUUGAUUUCUGAUAGCAAUCCCAUGGUUGUAGCAAAUGCUGUGGCAGCACUGGCAGAGAUCCAAGAACACAGUAGCAGAAUGAUAUUUGAAAUUACAAGUCACACACUUUUUAAACUCUUGGCAGCUCUCAAUGAGUGUACUGAGUGGGGACAAGUUUUUAUACUAGAUUCUCUUUCAAAGUACAAGGCAAGUGAUGCUCGUGAUGCGGAAAACAUAGUUGAACGUGUAACUCCUCGUCUUCAACAUGCAAAUUGUGCAGUUGUACUUUCAGCUGUGAAGGUUAUUCUGCAGCAAAUGGAGCUCAUCACUAGCACUGAUGUGGUUAGAAACUUGUGUAAGAAAAUGGCUCCUCCAUUAGUUACUCUUUUGUCAGCAGAGCCUGAGAUACAGUAUGUUGCAUUGCGGAACAUAAACCUUAUUGUGCAGCGCCGACCUACUAUACUUGCACACGAGAUUAAGGUGUUUUUUUGCAAGUACAACGAUCCAAUUUAUGUGAAGAUGGAAAAGUUAGAAAUUAUGAUAAAGCUUGCAUCUGAUCGUAACAUUGACCAGGUAUUAUUGGAGUUCAAAGAAUAUGCAACUGAAGUAGAUGUUGAUUUUGUUAGAAAAGCUGUACGUGCCAUUGGACGUUGUGCCAUCAAAUUGGAAAGGGCUGCUGAACGCUGCAUAAGUGUAUUGCUUGAAUUGAUAAAGAUCAAAGUUAACUAUGUUGUGCAAGAAGCCAUCAUAGUUAUCAAGGAUAUUUUUAGACGUUAUCCUAAUACUUAUGAAUCAAUCAUAGCAACUCUUUGCGAGAGCUUGGAUACUCUGGAUGAACCCGAAGCGAAGGCAUCUAUGAUUUGGAUAAUUGGUGAAUAUGCAGAAAGAAUUGACAAUGCCGAUGAACUACUAGAGAGCUUUCUGGAGACCUUUCCUGAAGAGCCGGCUCAAGUGCAGUUGCAGUUACUCACUGCAACUGUCAAAUUGUUCCUUAAGAAGCCUACUGAAGGGCCUCAACAAAUGAUUCAGGUUGUACUUAACAAUGCUACUCAGGAAACAGACAAUCCAGAUCUACGUGAUCGUGCUUACAUUUACUGGAGGCUUCUGUCAACUGAUCCGGAGGCAGCAAAAGAUGUUGUUUUGGCUGAGAAGCCUGUUAUCAGUGAUGACUCAAAUCAACUUGAUCAAUCACUUCUGGAUGAGCUCCUUGCAAAUAUUGCUACACUUGCAUCUGUAUAUCACAAGCCUCCUGAUGCAUUUGUCAGCCGUGUUAAACCAGUUAUUCAGCGUCCAGAAGAUGAUGAAGAGUUUCCCAAUGGGCUUGAUUCAGGCCCUUCAGAACCAUCUGCUCCUGCCACAGAAUUCAAUUCAUCCUCUGCAUCAGCCUCAAGUAAUGUUCCCCAGGUUCCAGCAAAAUCAGUACCCUCUGCAGCGCCUGUUCCGGAUCUUCUUGGUGAUCUGUUAGGUUUGGACAAUGCACUUGUCCCUGUAGACCAGCCAGCAGCAGCUUCUGGGCCUUCAUUGCCAAUUUUACUUCCAGCAUCAGCAGGUCAAGGCCUUGAGAUUAGUGGGCAGCUUUUACGACGAGAUGGCCAAAUCUUUUAUAGUUUGAAGUUUGAAAACAAUACUUCAGCACCUUUGGAUGGGUUCAUGAUACAAUUUAAUAAGAAUAUGUUUGGUCUUACUGCUGCGGGUCUCCUCCAGGUGCCCCUAGUGCAGCCCGGCAGCUCAGCAAGCACUCUUUUGCCAAUGGUAUUGUUUCAAAACAUUUCUCCUGGACCACCGAGUUCACUCUUGCAGGUGGCAGUAAAAAAUAAUCAACAGCCUGUGUGGUAUUUUAAUGAUAAUAUUCCAUUCCAAGUGUUCUUCACUGAGGAUGGCAGGAUAGAGCGUUCAGCAUUUUUGGAGACAUGGAAAUCUCUUCCUGAUUCACACGAGAUUGUCAAGGACUUAUCCAACAGUAUAAUAAGUAACAUAGAUGUUACAGUUGACAAACUUGCUGCAUCAAAUGUGUUUUUCAUAGCAAAGCGUCCACUGAGGGAUACCAAUCAGGAGGCUCUCUACCUUUCUGCAAAACUUCCACACAAUAUUCCAAUUCUAAUUGAAAUUACUGCCCAUAUUGGACAGCCAGGCGUAAAGUGUGCAAUCAAGACUCCAAAUCCAGAAAUGGCUCCCCUUUUCUUUGAAGCUAUUGAAGCUAUUUUGAAGUAAUAUAAUAUGGUCACACAUGGAAUUAGUGAGUUGGUGGCUUUCAUUUGUGAAGUUAUAGAAGUGAUUAUAAAUGGACAAUUGAUAUUGAGCUAUCUAGGUAGAUGAGACAUCUGAGGCUUCAGGUUUUCAACUUUUGGCUGAUUGAGACUAAACCUAUUUUAAGUGGAUUCUGUACCAUGCAGUUAUCAUUUUUGUAUCAUAAAUUAUGUAAAGUAGUUGCGAUUCUUUCUUAUGAGUAUGCACAAAGGAAAUAUCUCACCCAUCCUUCUCCCUGGUUUGUUGCUGAUGCAUUGAGAACUUUAGGCGGGUUCAAAACAUUUUUUAAAUGAAAUUAUUCAAAUCUCUUUCCGUGUCUUGGAAAUAUUAUUGUUAUUGAGGGUUU